AUGGAUGACCUGCAGUCCCAGAACCUCUCCAUGGACAUGACUGACUCCCCUCCCACUUUGGCCAAUAACAGACUGGAGAAUGGUAUGGCCCAGCUGAUAACUACUGAGGCCUGGAACAUCAAUUCCACUGAUCUGGUAAAGAAGGCCCUGGUGACCGUGCCGGCUCCAUCCAUUCUGAACCCCCCAGCUGAGUCUCAGAGUGGAAUGGCUCUGAAGGUGGCAGCCACAGUGCUGCAGCCCCUGUGCCUUGGGGAAAGCCCAGUGGUGAUGCCCAUUCACAUGCAGGUGGAGGGAAGCUCUGCACCAGAGCUUAACCCCAACAGCAAUGCCACCUACGUUAUGACGACACAAGGUCCCGUGCAGCUGCCAGUGGUGCUGGAGCAGCAUGUUUUCCAGCACCUCAACUCCCCUCUGGUCCUGCCACAGGAGGCCCCAUGCUCCUCAAAUGCUAUACACAACAACCUCUUCCAGGGGGCCGAGGACUCCGAGGCCCAGCCUCAACUUCUGGACCUGAGGAUCCCAAGCCAGCCGCAGGAGCCCACAUUGCCAUUUGAAGCUGUGCUCCAGAAUUUAUUCCCCACCCAAGGCUCUCUGGGCCCUCCACCUUGCCAGCCUCCUCCUGGCUAUGCUCCAGUGCCUCCGCAGCCCUUUAAUUCUCCCUUGUCCCCCCUAGUCCCACCAGCUACCCUCUUGGUGCCCUAUCCUGUGAUUGUCCCCUUGCCAGUGCCAGUGCCCAUCCCCAUCCCUGUCCCAGUGCCUCAGAGUUCUGAAUCCAAGUUCGGCCCCAGUUUCUCCAAGCCACCAUCUUCCUUCAAUCUGCACUCCUUUAAAGGCACCCAGACUACCCUGGAAAAAGAUGAACUGAAAUCCUUAGACAUCCUCCAGCCAAAGGAGUAUUUCCAGCUCAGCCGCCACACAGUUAUCAAGAUGGGGAAUGAGAAUGAGGCCCUGGAUCUCUCCAUGAAGUCAGUGCCCUGGAGCAAAGCUGGCGAAGCUAGCUCCCCAAUCUUCCAAGAGGAUGCAGCCCUAGACCUAUCUCUGGCAGCCCACCGAAAGGCCGAGGCUCCCCCAGAGACACCGUAUGACAGCAGUGGGUCAGCAGACAGCCAGGGUCACACUGUGCUGGAGAAACUUCCCAGUGCUAUGGAAAUGCCCUUUGCCCCUGCCAAGUCUCGUGAGGCCUCGGCCAUGAUGGAUAGCCAUAUCAGCGGCAACAAUGGCACUGAAAUGGUCAACCAGCCCAGCCAGCCCAGCCAGCCCGGCAGUGGGGUGAAGGCUGAAAAUAACAUUGAGAUUAUAAGUGAGUCCCAGGCAGCCAAGGUCAUUGUCUCAGUUGACGACACUGUGCCUACCAUCUUCUGUGGCAAGAUUAAAGGCCUCUCAGGGGUAUCCACCAAAAACUUCUCCUUCAAAAGAGAAGACUCUGUGCUUCAGGGUUAUGACAUCAACAGCCAAGGAGAAGAAUCCCUGGGAAAGGGAGAGCCCUUUAGGAAACCCAUCAAAAACCGGAGCAUAAAGUUAAAGAAAGUGAACUCCCAGGAAAUACACAUGCUCCCAAUUAAAAAACAACGGCUGGCCACCUUUUUCCCAAGAAAGUAA